CGGAGGCCUUCCUCGCUUCCUGAUUGGUUGAGAGGACACAAAGGGGCGUGGCUAUGCAGCCGGGCUCGCUACACGCCGGAGGGGCGUGGCUUGAGAGCCUCUUGGAACAAGAUGGCGGCGGGUGACAAGGGACUGCUUUGACUGAAGGAAAGGCUGGAGUUUUGGACAUCCCUUAUGUCAUGGUACAGAGAGCCUGAUUAAAGAAACAAACAUCUACUGAAGCCCUGAAAUUCCCAUCAUGUCUAGUGAUAUUUCCUGCCCCUUUGUGUACCGAGUCUUUAAUGAUCUAGUUCCCAGAAGCAAAAGACCUCUUGAUUAUACUGAAGACGGUGACCCACUGGACAGCAAGCGACAAUGCACAUCCUCACGUCACGAUUCCUUCCCAAGCAAUGGGCUGGCCCCUUCCCCGGUCCAUGGGCCGCCCGGUGGUGCGUAUGAUGAGAACAGUGACGUGGAUGAUUCCAUUCUAGAUGCUUCAGUUGGGGAAAGCAUAGACUCUCUCACAGACCUCUCUCAGGAGGCUGAGGACGAGCUCCUAGCCAGUGAGGAUGAAGAGAAGGGUCCAUACACAGUGCCCCUCCAUCCAGCUUCCAAGAAAACCUCUGAGUGUUCAGAAAGUUGGAAUCACCUGAACCAAGGCUCCCAAAAUCAAGCCGGACUUGAUUUAGGUUCCAAGGGGCCUUUACCUCCAGAAGAUGCUUCAGUGAAUUUGGAGAAAGGGAAUGAUGUUCCCAGUGCCAUAGAAAAGGUACCUGCAGAGUCAAGGAGAGAGACCAGUGCAGGAGGUGAUAGGCCCUCAGUUGGACAGGCUUCCAUAGAUCAAAAGGAGCCACGAGGGGAAAAUGCAGGCAACAUUGGAGUUAAAUUAACUGUUGGCUCACAGUUCAAGGUUUCACCAUCCUGUUCCAGCUCUGUCAGGGAACAAAGAGAAAACCAUGGACAAGAUCCUCAGAUCAGAGAACCAAACAGGCCUAGACGCAUAUGCAUCCAGGAGACGGACCUCGAGGCAAGCAAGGAGAAAUACAUCAACGCUGUACUCAACCACGCUUGUCGCAGAGAACCUGUCAUAGGUGCGGUCAAUGAGAUGCUUGCGCUGAUGCAGAAGGUCGCUUCCGAAUACAAGGGGUACAGCUCUCAGCACACAACCGAUCUGACUGUGAGGAACUAUGCACAGCGCAGUAAAGACCCACCCCGGACCUUCAGCCUUUCCCAGUGGGUCGAUCAGAAUGGCCGCAGCAUCCCUCGGUUCGCAUCUCUCCCAGAAGUCUUCCAGCGCAGCCCAAUCCCAAGCUAGACGUUGCCUCAGAGCAGAAGGUGUAUUUUUUUAUUUUUUUUUAUUCUCAACUUUGAAUAUCCAUUUUGCUGACCUUAUUUUAUUUUUUAACAAAGCCAAUUCAGGCCUAAAUCUAGUGUUUCGUCCUAUCAGAAUAAACCCAUUUGACUCAG